ACAGUUUAUAAAUAUCCGAAAUUUGAAUUUUUUCAACUGAUGUUAAUCGUGUGCAUUGAAAAUAGAAGAAAUGGCAAGUUAUAUGGAGAUAAAAAUCACGCCCACAAAGGGCGUCGCGUGUCGCCCUAAGGAGGAGACCGCGCCCCUCCUCAUCCUGGCGCCCUUCCACAAACCCCCGACCAUCGAGUUCCAGCAUGUGAGGGUGGGGGCGGUGGCCAGGCAGACGCUCCGGCUGAGGAACCCCUCGGACAGCAAGCUGCAGGUGGAGGUGUCGAGGAUGCUGCCCGCGGAGCGCGGGGCCAUGAUCAGCCCCGGCCGGGUGUCCCUGGAGGCGCAGCAGGAGGCGUCGCUGGAGGUGCAGUGGCGGCCGCAGACCGAGGGCAGCUGGAGGGACGUGCUGCAGCUCAGGGCGGGCCGGUUCCUGCUGCUCGACGUAGUCUUCCUGUUCUCUGCCGACACGCCACGCAAGGGCAAGAAGAAAUCGGCACGACCGUUGUCGACCCGGAACACGUACGAGGCUGCGAGCGGCAGGCAGAGCAAGGCGUGCCCUGCGGUGACCUCCGGGGGGUCCCCGGGACGGCCUCGCCGCCACACGGUGUCCCGGGAGACGGGGCACUUCUGGCAGGACAAGGAGAACCAGCACGCGAGCUUCAGCCCCUUGCCCGGCUGCUCCAACACCUUCACGCCCUCCGCCUUCAGCACCUCGUUCCAGUGGCCGGACAUCGCGGCGUCCACGCCCGUGCGCCGGGAGACCUACACGGUGACGGUGGAGCGCACUCCCGACUGCCUCACCGUCAGCAACACCUACCAGAGGACCACGGUCGAGUCCGGCUCGUCCGGCUCGGACCGAUACACGGACAGUCUCCAGUCGGACGACGAGCCCUUGCCGGUCGAUAGCUUCAGCAGCAAGCUGAAGGGCAUACGCUUGGAUGCGAGCGGCUCUGGCGGUUUGGCGACCCAAGUCUGCGACGCUUCCUUCACCGUCGGGCCCCGAGUUUGCGACCGGUCCUUCUCCGCCGUGACGCUCUCUCCGAGCGACGGGAAGAACGCCGACCCACCGGUGCCGUCGGCACCAGUCCUGCUGGAAAUUUCGCCUCCGAAGAUGGGCUCGGUGCAUAAGUUUGCGGUCAGUUGCAGGCAGCAGUCGGCGAAGUCUUCUCUGAGGGUGCAACGUGAGAAGUUGUCCAAAGUGCUGCGGAGCCCCGGCGUGAAGAUGAAGCGCUCGGCCAGGACCCUCAGGACCCUGAAGCUGCUCCCGGGCAGGAGCAGGCAGGAGGUGGCGGCACUGCUCUCGCCGGCGGGCGUCUCGGCGUCCCGGCGGGGACGGUGGGGGGCCGGCGGGAACCCCUUCGGGGGCACGGCCGUGUACGAGACGGAGCAGUGGAUGGCGACGCAGGAGCUGGAGUACACCAAGUGGCUGAACGCGCUGCUGACCCCGCCCGCCCAGCUGGACUGCUACACCUCCAUGCCGACAGUGAACGUCGCGGAGCUGUGGAAGAAGAGCUGUCGCAGCAAGACGCUGGAGCUGGCGCCGUCCCGCGAGGCCGUCUCGUCUCGAUACAACACCCACUACCGCCUCGAGAGGCUGCGGCAGGCGGCGAGGGCUCUGCUCUGCUCCGAGAGCGUCAUGGGCGUCCUGAGGAAGGUCUCCAGCCACGUGAACAAGAAACAGAUCUGUGUUCGUCCCGACAGGCUGGUCUACAAGGAUGUGGGCCUGAGGUGCGGCAUCGUGGAGCUGCUGCUGAGCUACAACCCGCUGUGGCUGCGCAUCUGCCUGGAGGCCCUGUACGACGAGACCAUCCCCCUGCGCUCCAACUCGGACAUGCUGGGGCUGGCGACGUUCAUCAGGACGCGCGUGCUGUGGGACCCGCGCACCGCCGCCAAGUACGCCCACCCCACCGUGCUCAACUACCAGCUGCUCGGCUUCCAGGACGCCAUCAACAAGUUCAUCCUGCGCAAGCUGCUGUUCCUGGUCUACCUGCUGGACCGGGCCAAGACGGCCCAGCUCGUCGGCCACAACCCCUGCCUCUUCUGCAAGAACGCCGUCGUCAAGAAGAGCAGGGACGUCCUGGUGACGCUGACCCGAGAAAUCAUCUCCAAGAUGGGGGACAUCACGAGCUACCUGCGGCACCUGGGCUACGUGGUGACCCACGAGCAGACGUACCUUGACGAGUACGACUACGCCGUCUCGAACCUGAGUCAGGACCUGCGGGACGGCGUCCGCUUGACGCGGGUGAUGGAAAUCAUCCUCCAGAAUACAACUUUGUCGAAGCAGCUUCGCUACCCGCCUAUUUCGUUGCUGCAGAAGAAGCACAAUGUGCAAGUGGCCUUGACAGCUCUGCAGAACGAAGGAUACGUCCUUGAAGACGUCACAGUCAAGGACAUUGUGGAAGGACACAGAGAGAAGACACUGUCCUUAUUGUGGCAGUUGAUCUACAAGUUUGAGGCACCACUCUUUGCCAAAGCUGCCAUUGUUAUACAACAAUGGUGGAGAUCAAAGCUGCAGAAGAAGGUUAAAGCUGUUUUGAUCAUUCAGAAGGCUUGGAGACAACAUGCUGCCUACAAAAAUCAUAUCAAACAAAAAACCACAUCAAAAUUGUUGGCUCAGCACAAGGCUGCAACUAUCAUCCAAGCAGUGUGGAGAAGUUAUUCUACAAGGAAGCAGCUGCAGUUGGAGCAGCUGAAGUUGGUGCAGCUGAAGUUGGAACAGCUGAAGGUGAAGAACAAAGCUGCAACUGUCAUCCAAGCAGUGUGGAGAGGCUACUCUACAAGGAAGCAGCUGAAAUUGGCACAGCUGAAGGUGAAGAACGAAGCUGCAAGCGUCAUCCAAGCAGUGUGGAGAGGCUACUCUACAAGGAAGCAGCUGAAAUUGGUGCAGCUGAAGGUGAAGAACAAAGCCACAACCGUCAUCCAAGCAGUGUGGAGAGGCUACUCUACAAGGAAGCAGCUGAAAUUGGUGCAGCUGAAGGUGAAGAACAAAGCUGCAAUUGUCAUCCAAGCAGUGUGGAGAGGCUACUAUACAAGAAAGCAGCUGAAGUUGGAGCAGCUGAAGGUGAAGAACAAAGCUGCAACCGUCAUCCAAGCAGUGUGGAGAGGCUACUCUACAAGGAAGCAGCUGAAGUUGGAGCAGCUGAAGGUGAAGAACAAAGCUGCAACUGUCAUCCAAGCAGUGUGGAGAGGCUACUCUACAAGGAAGCAGCUGAAAUUGGCACAGCUGAAGGUAAAGAAUAAAUCUGCAACCGUCAUCCAAGCAGUGUGGAGAGGCUACUCUACAAGGAAGCAGCUGAAGUUGGAGCAGCUGAAGGUGAAGAACAAAGCUGCAACUGUCAUCCAAGCAGUGUGGAGAGGCUACUCUACAAGGAAGCAGCUGAAAUUGGUGCAGCUGAAGGUGAAGAACAAAGCCACAACCGUCAUCCAAGCAGUGUGGAGAGGCUACUAUACAAGGAAGCAGCUGAAAUUGGCACAGCUGAAGACGAAGAACAAAGCUGCAACUGUCUUCCAAGCAGUGUGGAGAGGCUACUAUACAAGGAAGCAGCUGAAAUUGGCACAGCUGAAGACGAAGAACAAAGCUGCAACUGUCUUCCAAGCAGUGUGGAGAGGCUACUCUACAAGGAAGCAGCUGAAGUUGGAACAGCUGAAGGUGAAGAACAAAGCUGCAACCGUCAUCCAAGCAGUGUGGAGAGGCUACUCUACAAGGAAGCAGCUGAUGUUGGCACAGCUGAAGGCGAAGAACAAAGCUGCAACAGUCAUCCAAGCAGUGUGGAGAGGAUACUCUACUAGGAAGCAGCUGAAGACAAAGAACAAAGCUGCAACCGUUAUCCAAGCAGUGUGGAGAGGCUACUCUAUUAGGAAGCAGCUGAAGACGAAGAACAAAGCUGCAACCGUUAUCCAAGCAGUGUGGAGAUGCUACUCUACAAGGAAGCAGCUGAAGGCAAAGAAUAAAGCAGUAACUGUCAUCCAAGCCAUGUGGAGAGGCUACUCUACAAGGAAGCAGCUGAAAUUGGAGCAGCUGAAGUUGGCACAGCUGAAGGCAAAGAACAAAGCAGCAACUGUCAUCCAAGCAGUGUGGAGAGGCUACUCUACAAGGAAGCAGCUGAAAUUGGUGCAGCUGAAGGUGAAGAACAAAGCUGCAAUUGUCAUCCAAGCAAUGUGGAGAUGCUACUCUACAAGGAAGCAGCUGAAGGCAAAGAAUAAAGCAGCAUCUGUCAUCCAAGCCGUGUGGAGAGGCUACUCUACAAGGAAGCAGCUGAAGUUGGAGCAGCCGAAAUUGGCACAGCUGAAGGCAAAGAACAAAGCAGCAACUUUCAUCCAAGCAGUGUGGAGAGGUAGCUGUACAAGGAAGCAGCUGAGCGAUGUGAAUUUAAAGAAUAUUUCUGGUAACAGUGUAGUGGUGGCUAGGCAUAAUGCUGCCAUUAAAAUUCAGUGCCAUUGGCGUGUAUUCCUGCAACGUCGCCAGUUUAAAUUGAUGCAUCACCAAGUCGUUACUGCUUGUGUGACUAUCCAGAGAUUUUGGCGGGGCUACAAGGCAAGGAAAUCGGUUGUUAGAGUGCGCACUGUUCGUCCCGACGACCCGGAGAAGACUCUAAAGUGUCUUUUUGAGAAGAGUGUUCACUAUCUGGCGAAGUAUACUUCGCUUGGCACUCUCUCUCAUGCAGUCAUUACUUUAGAUACCGUCACUAGACUGUCGCCCGAACUCUGCGUCAAGGUAUGCCAGCACAACAUUGUUCAUAAGCUGUGCGAGAUCUGUUCUGGGGGAAACAGGUCGGAGCCGUAUGUGGACAUCUACAACUGGAGUUUACGCAUUCUCAUCAACCUCCUAAUAUAUGAUCGGGUGUCUGCGAGUGUCCUCGAGGUGGUGACCGUGGAGUGGCUGGUGGACUGUGUGCUGCGCAUCAUGUCCGCCGCGCUGUCCACCAAGCACGCGCAGGCCGUGCUGAACUGCCUCACGGUGCUGUGGCUGCUUGGCUCCGACCGUGCCAACCUGCAGGCGAUCAAGAGGGUGAAGGACUUCAGCAAGUACCUGGUGUUCUACUGCGAGCGCGCGAGGCGGCUGCCCGAAGCCGCGCGGGAGCCGAGGUCGGCCGCGCGCGCGCCGCUGCCCGUGCGGGAGCCGAGGUGGACGCUCAGGAACCGGGACCGGGAGAGAGCCUUCACCUCCAUCGCCUUCGCCACGAGGACGGUCCUGGACCUGUUCGGAGUCGGGAAGUAGCAGGUGGACUCCGCGCCGACGCACCUGCUUUCGUACACGUCUUUCAUCCCACGUGAGCGACGCAAAGUCUCGUCCGUGCGCAUUUUAAAAAUACGAGUUACUCUUCUAGGGAAAAUUGGUUCUUUUCUGCGAGACCACCAAAACAAUUAACAUCUGUCUUGUGGACGUGGUUUAUUUAAUGAUUCAGCGGAUUUGUUUCCGAUAACUAAUAACUGGCCUCACUGUGUUCAGACUAGUGCGCUACAAUACUUGCCACUGAUCUUCAAACACGUAGGUUUUUAAUACAGAAAUAAAUUUUGGAUGGAAAACUAACCUCAGGAAGGACAGAUCAACAAAUAUGUAUAUUUAUUACUGUCAACUGAUUUUUUUUAUUUAGAGUAUUAAAAAUUUGUAUUUUGUUGUAAAUAGCUGUGUGUGAAGUUUUGGUGUUUGUAAUCAGGGAAUUUUCGUAAAUAGUGCCUCUGAUCAGAUAAAGCAUAGUUUACUCUGUAAUGUUAGUGCCUUCUGAGAAUGUGUAUAUUGUAACUCUCUAUAUGUAUGUUUUGAUACUUUUGUUUUAAUAUUGGAUCUGCAUUCUUUUGUUUUUAGCAUAAUAAUACAGUUUUGAUAAUAAAUGUUUUAAUUAUUUCCUUGAAUUUGAUAAUGUUAAAUAACCUAUAGUUAGGGACAAAUAUGCUGAAUUGCUAUAAAACAGAAAUACCACCAAAAGUUUGUAAAUACACCAUAAAACAUAAAAAAAAUAAAGUUAAAACACCACAAAGCA